UUUGCAAAUUGCAAUAGAUAAUGUCUCUGGCGAAAGACUGGCUUAAAUACUAGAACACUGAAGAAUCUCAAGGAGGGACGAACAGAGUUCUUCCCCGUGAGAAUCAUGGAGAAGAACCAGCGGCAUGUUUCUACAACUGAUGAUGAGCCCAAGAUCAAAUACAGAGGAAUUAAUGCCAUGCCCUUUAUAAUAGGGAACGAGACCUUCGAGAAGCUGGGAACCCUCGGCACCUUAUCCAACCUCAUGGUCUACCUCACCACUGUCUUCAACCUGAAAAGAGUGUCGGCGGCGACGCUCAUCAACGUCUUCAAUGGUACCACAAACUUGGCCACCUUGAUUGGAGCUUUCCUCUCAGACACCUACUUUGGACGUUACAAGACGCUCGGAUUCGCUUGCGUUUCUUCCUUCGCGGGGUUGCUUGUCAUAACGCUAACCGCAGCCAUUUCCAAAUUGCACCCUCCACACUGUGGGAAAAAUGAGACGGGACAUUGCGUCCGACCGACGGGAGGGCAAAUGAUGUUCCUACUAAGCGGGUUUGGGCUCCUAGUGAUCGGAGCCGGCGGUAUCCGGCCAUGUAACUUAGCCUUUGGAGCCGAUCAGUUCAAUCCGAACACUGAAUCAGGAAAAAGGGGCAUCAACAGCUUCUUCAAUUGGUACUACUUCACCUUCACCUUCGCCAUGAUGGCGUCCUUAACUGCCAUCGUCUACGUGCAGUCCGACGUGAGCUGGGCCAUUGGAUUAGGGAUCCCUGCAUUUCUCAUGUUCUCAUCCUGCGUACUCUUCUUCAUGGGUUCGAGAAUCUACGUGAAGGUGAGACCAGAGGGGAGUCCCUUGACAUGUGUGGUACAGGUCAUAGUGGCUGCAACUAAGAAACGAAGGUUGAAGCUGCCAGAAAACCCAUCCCUCUCCCUCUUCAACCAUCUUCCCGCUGGUUCUCUCAACUCCCAUCUUCCUCACACAGAGCAAUUCAGUUUCCUGGACAAAGCCGCGAUCAUAACCCUUGAUGACCAGAUCAACUCAGAUGGUUCAGCCAUGGACCCAUGGAGGCUUUGCAGAAUGCAGCAAGUGGAGGAGGUGAAAUGUCUAAUAAGAAUAUUCCCCAUAUGGGCCUCAGGCAUCCUCUACUAUGCAGCCAUCGUCCAACAACAUACUUACGGAGUCAUCCAAGCCCUUCAGUCUGAUAGACGCCUCCGGGGGACCCACUUCGAGGUCCCAGCAGCUUCCUACAUUGUGUUUGCCAUGAUUAGCCUCACCAUCUGGCUACCCCUCUAUGACCGCAUCAUAGUCCCCACCCUCCGAAGGUUUACAGGCAAAGAAGGUGGCAUUACACAACUCCAGAGGAUGGGAGUCGGAGUUGUUCUCUCAGUUCUUACCAUGGUUUUGUCUGCCUUGGUGGAAGAGAGGAGAAGGACCUUAGCUCUUACCUAUCCAACGCUAGGCAUUGCUUCAGGAGGAGGAGGCGCUAUUUCAUCCAUGUCCGGAUUGUGGUUGAUCCCUCAGCUCGCACUUGCCGGCAUCACUGAAGCAUUUGGCUCGAUUGGCCAAAUCGAAUUCUACUACAAACAGUUCCCAGAGAACAUGAGAAGCAUUGCAGGGUCUAUGUUCUUCUGUGUCAUGGCAGGGGCGAGUUACUUGAGUGGUCUCUUGGUGUCCGUAGUUCACAAGGUCACGGCCAGAGCUGCAACCGGAAAUUGGUUGCCGGAGGAUCUUAACGAGGGAAGGUUGGACUACUUUUAUUUCUUGGUUGCUGCCUUAGGGACCCUAAAUUUUGGGUAUUUUCUGAUAUGCGCUAGGUGGUAUAGAUACAAGGGUACUACGGGUGACAGUAUCACCCUUGAGCUAGCCACGGAAACAAAACAACCUAACAAAUCUUCUGUUUGAAUUACAGUGCAACUACCACCGAUCUAGUUCACUUCUGUUACUUAUCCUGUGUUUACCGAAAAAUAUUUAUAUAUAUAUAUCACUUCUGUUACAGUUAGCUACGUUCUAGUCUUGGGCUGCUGCUGCGAAUGAGGAGGCUCCACGUAUAGUUCACUUUUGAAGUAGUACUCCAUGUUAAGAUGUUAACAUCAACCACUUUCUCUACUAUUGGUCUGUACGGAUCCCAUGUGGAGUUUCUUCAUUCCUGUCAACAGCCCGAGCUAAAAUCAGGUCACWUGCAGCAAAAGUGAGCUCUAGUUGGCCGUAUUUCCAACUGCCCAUAAGGUGGAAUUUCUUUUUUUUUUUUUUUGUAAGGUGGAGUUUCUUGAAUUUAGAUCAAAAGGGGUUUGUAUUUUUGUUGGUGAAAGCUUUUGAGCAUAAUACAUAGACAAAAGACAAAAUAUAAAAGCUUUUGAAAUUUGUAAUAUUAUGUCUUUUUAGUGCAAUUUCUGCCUUACGCUCAAAUACAUCAGUUUUUACAUGGGUCAUUAUUGCCUGUUGGCCCAAUUAUGUUUCUAGUCAAUGAUUUUGAAUGAGAUACAGAACUGCUAGUGAUGGUUGUGGUU